AAAUGUAUUUUACUUUAUUUGUGAAACCGAGGUAGUUGAAACAAGGCUUCUGAAUUGGUACUUUGUGGAUCACAAACUUCUGAGAUUUCUCUGGCAGAAGAUCUUUAGCACUAAAGGAACAAAAUAUGUGAUGUUGAUGUGUAAAAGAUUGUCCCGUUAGCUUUGAAUCCAAUGGAAGUUUAAGAGCUGUAGAGUCAGUCUGGCUGGCAAUGUCAUGUUGCUGUUACCUUUGAGUUACCUCUAAGUGGAUUGCCCACGUGGUGAAUUUAUCCUGCACUGGAUUCAGAGGCUGGUUCACUGUGAAGCAGGCUGCAUGUCACUUUGGAAAAUUGUCAGCUCAGUAUCAGGGUCUCCUUAAUCACAAGCAUCUUUAGCAUUUCCUUUGUCUCCUCUAACUUAAUUUUUGACUAAUUUACAUAUAAUUUAAACAAUUGACGUUUUGACCUUAUUCAGGUUACCUUCCUCCCUCUCCAUUACGUUCACUAAGCCAGAGUUGUCUGUAAUCCUCUACUGUUACAAUUCUGAAAAAUUCAGUAUAGCAGUCUAGGGGAAUUCUGUAUUGCAGCUUGAUUGGUCCCAUGUGUAUUGUUAAUUUUCUUAUGGCUGUGUUUGCUCUUCUUACACACUCUGUGCACUGAUAGGGGAAUGAAGAGAGGUUCACUUGGGUGGAAUGUCUGAUGAAGACCUUCUGAUUCAGUUUAUCUAGGCAGAAUUGUAGGCAUGCUAACAAAAGUGCCUGAAUCCAGGAAGCUGAUUUUUGCUUAGUAAGAGUAGGAUCUAAGCAUGAAGGGGCUUGAAAUUUACAGUGGGUCAGCUAGAAAGGGCUCUAGAAAUUGUUUUAUGAAAAAGCUUUUCCCAUAGCCCAGAAUGGCUGGGGAGAAAUGACUCCAUGUGGAAAUACCAUCGGAGGAUUGAGAUUUUAGAGGGCUCUGGUCAAAUCUGACCCGCUGCCCCCAUCCUGGAAGGAGAGCAUACUGAAGCCAGGAUCAGCACAGCAGUGUUUUUCCUAGGUAGGUAGGUCUUUUGUGCUGUGCAAGAUGCAGCAGAAAUGGUUUACAGAGUACUGAAUGCUUCAGCUGCCAUGGAGAAGUAAAGCUGGGGAGACCAUAGCUGGGAGUGCUUGAGAAUGACAGGUUUAAUUGGGGAGGUUGGGAGGGCAUGGAUCAUGUAGCCUUUGAGAUCCCACUUUUAAAACGCAGCGACAAAGAGUUGAUACAUGUGGAGACUGAACAUCUGGGGAUGAAAUUGAGGCCACAGAAUGACUGAAGAGAACAAGUCUGAGGGAACAGGAUGAUAGGGGUCCUGAAAUUGGAGCUAGAGAAGGACUGAUGUACAUGCAUCUGGAUUGUUGGGAGAGAGGAGAGAUGCACGUUGGAGGAACACCUUCAGCCAUCAAUUUUGUGAAAAGUAAACUUCAGUUUGUGAUUUCUCUUGUAAAGACCAGUGACAUUUUGUAUUAAUUUGUUAUUAAAAAGAAAUAUCUUGCUUAUAUGUUUAUUCUGGUUUUGUACUUAAAUUGUAAUUAAAAUUAUUAAUCUGUUCCUUGUUAAAUAUAGUCUAGAUGGAGUUGUGGAUAUUUCAGAAAUAGAUAAACAUUUCUCAGAAUGUUUAGGGCAGGUGUUAGUUAAUAAUUAGGUGAAUUAUUGUUACUGUAUGACUAAUACUGCAGUGUGUAACAGUAUUUGUUUGUCGAAAAAUGUUACUGCAUUGAGCCCCAUACUUCUGUAUAUUGAAGUGCAAAUUCUGAAGUGGAAGUCAAGAAGAGUUCUGCUGCUGACCUCAGAGGAGCCAGGAUGGGACUGGUGAAAACAGAAUAUAAUUGAAUUUUUAUUGUUUGGUUUCUUUGUGUUUGUAGACAAAUUUCUGAUUUACUCUUUGAUUAAUUUCUCUUAAACCUUUCACUGAGAGACCUUGGAAAAAAGUUUUUUAAAAAGCCUGAAGGUGAAUCAUCUUGAAUGUUACAUCUUUCCUUAAUCAUCUCGUAUAUUCUAUUUCUGUGCCAUGGCAUAACUUCAAACAUUAACCCUCUGGAGGAGGUUGUUAUCUUUCUGUUUCCUCUGAACUCUGGUAGUCAUGUUGCCGAGAUGAGGUAAACCAUAUCUCCUGUUUAAAACAAACAAACAAAUAAAACUAACUGAAGUUUUCUGCUAGACUUUUACUCUCUUUGAUCAUGGAUUAUUCAUAUUUCCCAAAAACUUAUUAAACAGAAAAGAGAGAAUAUAAAUAUGGUGAAGCUUGACUUUCUGAAAUAAAACUCAAGCCAAGUAAGCCUGAAUCUUAAAUGGCUAAUACCCAGAAUUCAUCCAAAGUCAAAACUUAAGACAAAUUUUCUUUUUGGUGAAAAGGUUCUCUCUUUCUCCCUUUCUUCCUUUCCCCCCCCUCUCUUCCCUCUCUCUUUCCCUCUCUGGUUUUGUUAAGCACAAUGUCACUGAUCUCAGCAAUGCAGCGUGCACUAACUGAAGGAAUGAUGCAUAUCCAGAAGUUUAACGUUGGUUGCUUGGUGUUUUAGGCCUUCACUUGCUCUUUGAAAUGGAUCCAUAGUUUUGCAUACUCCUUGGAGCAUUUUUAACCCUUAGGUUUUUAAUAGAUUCUAGGGAUGCUAUGAAAUAUUUGCUUUAUUUGGUUAGGUUGCACUUUUAAGAGGAGGGAACUUUGGUGGAACAGGUAAGAGAGAACAUUGGGCAAGACUGUUACAUCUUGUAGAUACCUGUGCAAGGAACCAACUUGAUAGAUUGCAGAGAAGUGACAGUAAGUUGGCCCUUAUUCGACUGUGAGAGUUGCAGCCCCUCUGAGUUGGUGGUGCUGGAAAAGCAGCUCUGAAGGAGCAGUGCUCCCUUCUCUGUAUUGUUUCUUUCUGUGACUUUUUUGUAUAGUCGUAAGAUAUCUGGGUAGGAAGAGAGAAAGAAAUAGGUUAGUUUUCCCUGUCUUUUAGCUUGCUGUAUGAAGUGAUGCUGUAAAGGGGCAACUCACCUGUGGAUGAUAGCAAAUCUUAGCAGUGAUCAUGUGCAAGCAAUGCAAGAAAGAAAAGCUCUUCAUACUUUACUGGCAAAACGUCAGGAAGAUCUCCCUCCCAGAAGAAUGAAGGACAGCUACUUGGAAGUUAUUCUACCUCUAGGAAGUCAGCCUGAAAUAAGAGAAAAGUACCUGAACGUACACAACAGUGUAAGAUUUGGAAGGAUCCUUGAAGAUCUCGACAGUUUAGGAGUUCUUAUUUGCUACACUCACACCAAGCAGGAAAUGCAGCCAAAGUCUCCCUUAUCCAUAGUCACAGCUCUGGUGGAUAAAAUCAAUUUGUGCAAGAAGAUUAUAUAUCCAGACUGUGACAUCAAAUUCACAGGCAAUGUUUCUUGGGUUGGGAAGACCUCAAUGGAAGUGACGAUGCACAUGCUGCAGCUACAUGAUGGUGAUUACAGCCCUGUGUUAGAUGCAACCUUUGUCAUGGUGGCCCGGGACCCAGAGAAUAAACGGCCAGCAUUUGUUAAUCCACUCGUUCCUGAGAGUCCUGAGGAGGAAGAAAUCUUCAAGCAAGGGGAAUUGAACAAGCUGAGGAGAAUUGAAUUCAGCACUGCUUCCUUACUGAAAAUGGCUCCCACUGCAGAAGAAAGAAACAUUGUGCAUGACAUAUUCCUUCAUACUUUGGACACAAAGACAGUAAGUUUCCGGAGUCGUAAAUUACCACCCAAUUCAGUGUGGAUGGAAGAUGCAAAGCUAAAAGGCCUACAGAUUUGCCAUCCUCAGGAACGGAACAUCUUCAAUAGAAUCUUUGGGGGUUUUCUCAUGAGAAAGGCAUUUGAACUGGGAUGGGCAACUGCUUGCAGCUAUGGGGGUUCCAGACCCUUUAUUGUAUCUGUUGAUGAUAUCAUGUUUCAGAAGCCAGUUGAGAUUGGAUCCUUAUUACUGCUUUCUGCACAGGUCUCUUACACAGAAAAAAACUACAUCCAGAUUCGAGUGCACAGUGAAGUUUAUGAUGCAAAUACCAGGGAGCACCAUACUACCAAUAUCUUCCAUUUUACAUUUAUAUCAGAAAAUGAGGUCCCACGGGUUGUACCUAAUACAUAUGGAGAGUCCAUGUUGUAUUUAGAUGGGAAGCGACACUUUGAUGCAGUCAUGAAAGAAAUCUGACAGGCACUGGGUGCUGCAUCAGCAGUGUAGCAGCACUGUCUUGGAAAGAGAUGGCUAAAGGACAGGUGCUUGCAAUACUCAAAAAACCCCCCAACAACCACCCAAAACCAAACCAAACCAUAACAAACCCAAACUCCGCAACAAAACCUGCCUUUUUAGUGCUCUUUAUGUAUUUGCAUAUAUUGGGAUUUUUUACUGUUUGCUACUAGAAGUUGUUGAAAUCUACUUUUGCAUACUAAUGCUACGAAAAAAGGCUGAAAAAUACAGUUUUGGCUUUAGAUAGCUUCUCUUUUUCUACUUUGAGAGAUCUCAUUACAACCUUUGCUGUCUUGUCACCAUCUGCCUUUGUUCCCUUAGUAGCUCUCCUUUGUGUUUCCCUGAUAAUGGAUAGAAGUUCUGUCAGAAAAAUGUGUGCAAUAAGUAGAUGCACACAGGUGGAGCAAUUUGACCUACAUUCUUGUGUGAAUUAGCUUUAAGGUCAUCAUUUUUUUUUAACAGGGACACAUGUAUCUAGGCAGCAGCAUAGGCUCAGAAGUUACUACUGUGUACACAAUGUAAAGCAGGUGUUUCCCAUCAGUGGGGAUUUUACAAGGUUAUUGCAGCUUCUGUUUUGGAUGGAUUCACAUUCCCUUAGGAGGAAACUGAUUUUUGCAAUGAAAUGAGGUGGCCAGGUGGUAUCUUCUGGCAUUCUGUUCAUGUGCAGCCAGUCCUUGCCAGCCUCUUCUAACUUUUGUUUGUUUUAAUAUAUAAUAGUAAGUCACUUCCUUAGUGAUUUAUUUCUCAUGUCCUGGAGACUAGACAUCUGAUUGGUAGGAUUGGGUGGGACUGAGAAAUGGCAUUGUAGAACAGAACAUUUUGGUUUAUUAAGGAUCGGGAACAAAAAAGGUAAAAUGCUGCUCAAAUGAUAAUGGCAAUGUUUGAUGCUGGAGUUAGGGGUCUAAAGAAUCUUUGUUGAGCAGCUCCCAAGUCAGCUGCUGAAUGGUGGGAGGAUCUUUAACCCACUGAGGGGUGGUACAGCUAGAGGACAGCCUCCCUCUCAGCUGGAUUAUUUACCUGCUUCCUUGGCAGACUGAAAUGCAGUAUGAGUAUUGCAUAGGUUGGCAAGUUUACCUGUGAAGGACAGAGUACUUUCCUACCACAGAGGGGACUCUAUGGUGGACAUAACUAUGGCAACAGGAAGUAAUAGGAAGAAAGUAAUGGAUACUGAAGUGCUUCUGAUGUAAUGUAGAAAGUUUUAAUAAUCUUGAGUAUCUGGCAGAUACAGCUCAACAUCUUGAAAUCAGGAAGGUGAGGGGAUGGGAGGCAUCAACUUUUAGCAGUGAAUAUAAUUAUCACAAGCACAAAACUAGACCUCUGAUACCUUCACAUCAAGACUGAUAUCCUGUCUGAUCAAGACACACAAAGAGGAGUUUGGCUCAGUGGUAGUUAAAUGGAUGACAUGUGAUGCCUUAUGAUACAUAAGAACAGACUCUGACUUUAGAUAACAGGUUGAUAAAAUAAAGCAGCAUGUUAUACUUUUGUUUCUGAGUAAGAAAAUCUGAGAAAUUCAUAAUUAGGACCAGUUUCCUUUGGUGCUAGGAUGGCAUGAAAUUCAUGGCUCCUGACAGCUGAUUGCUGUUCCUGUCAGGGUGGGCAUUGUAAUACAUCAGUCUUUUCUUUCUAAGACUCGGCUGCUGUUACUGAGGAGUGGGAUCAACAGCUUUCCAGUGGAGGCACAGGGGUGUUGCCCGCUCAGAUCAAUGCAUUGCCAUGAUAGUAACUUCUUGGUUCCUUCUGUAGGGUUUCUCUCUUCAGCCAUACUCCAGUGCUGACUCAGCUGUAUGAUUUUAUAAUCUUUUUCUUUAAUCGUUUUGAUGCUGUGGAGGUAUGUUGUAUUUUAUGGGCUUCUCCCUUUUAAAACUCUUUGGAAACUCAAUAUACUUGACUGACUACACAAAUAAAAAACUGAAAUUCUGUCUCAGCUUCUUCCCCCCUCACUGCAGGGAUCAAUGUUCACUGUUAAAAAAUAAAUAGGAAGGCGGGACGUGGAGGGAUCUAUUUCAGAACUAUGUAUUACUCCUGACUAGCUGCAGGUGUUUAUUAUUGACCCAGUGGUCCUAUUUGGAUUGCUUUUUUAUAACACUUGUAAGUUAAGGGGAUACAAAGUUCUUCCUCUACUGCCUUUUCAGCUGCAUUUAAAAAAAAAUGAUUAUCAUGAUUUCUAAAUUCAGCCUUUGGGAAGGGAUGGAGAGGAGAAAAGGUAAUAGAGUAGGGAGGAAGGCAUGACAUCAGAACCUCUGGACAGAGUGAAGAAGAUGAAUCCUUCAAAUUAAGAUGCUUAGAAAAAGUGUGUUCUCAAACUUCAUGAUAACUUAAUUACAUACCACAAUGACAGCAUUUACAGAAAUGUACGUACAGACAUACUGAAUGUGUGUGUAUAUAUAUACACAUAUGUAAAAGAUACUAUAUGUCUUUCUGUUUAUUACUAUAUAUAUGAGCUCAUGCAUUUUUUACUCUGAGAAGGUAACUCCAAGUUGUCACCCUCUCUGGUGAUAGGCUACAUGUGUCUUUGUUCAAGGGUAUGCAUGCUGCUUUAUACCUUUGUGUGUGAGAGAAAAUUGUUCUCAGAUCUCAGAAUUAAAAUAUUUUAACAUAGUAAUUAAUGUUGGGUUUAUGUUGCAACUUAAUGUCCAACCCGUCACUGCUGUAGGUGACUAACCGUUACCACAGAAGCCUAAAGGAACUGGUAGAUAAUCUUUGUAUUUAUAGUAAGCCUAUCUAUAUAACUGACUGUGGCUCUGUAGUGGGAAGUUAAUGUUUCUGUGGCCAUCAUGUCUUGGAAUACCAUCAGGAGGGGGAGCAGGAUUGCCUCCCCUUACCCCCUCGCUUAAUGGUGAUAUAAAAGGAGAUUUCUGUGGGACUGGCUGAACUCAGUGCCCAAGAAAGCACUUUCUUUUAAAUGUUAUUUUUCUGUGGCUAAAAAAAAAAUAUUAAAAUUAUUACUCAAA